GAGAACAGUCAUUCUGAUCUUGUGACAAGUUGUGCAAACAGCGGGCUGAAGGAAGGGCUGGACGCAUUUGAACCAUGGGUUAUUACCGCACGCUGGGAGUUGUUUUACUUUCUCUUCUUGCUUACACUAAUGCCGAACCGGUGAAAUUCGCCGACUGCGGCUCAAUACACGGAAAAGUUGCCGAGGUUGACAUCCAGCCCUGUCCAUCACAGCCAUGCCAGCUCCACAAGGGAGAGUCCUACACAGUCAAUGUGACAUUCACCAGUAGCGUUGCCAGUCAGAACUGUACAGCUGUGGUUCACGGAGUGGUCGAAGGCGUCCCCGUCCUCUUCCCUAUUCCUCAAUCAGAUGGGUGCAAGUCUGGAAUCCAGUGUCCUGUUGAGCCGCAAAAAUCUUACAGCUAUGUCAACCAGUUGCCUGUCAAGACCGGGUAUCCACCAAUAAAACUGGUUGUGGAAUGGGAAUUAAAAGACGACUUCAAUAAAGAUUUAUUUUGCAUCAAGUUCCCUGUUCAGAUUGUGAACUGAAGGCCAGCAGUGAAGCCAAACGCUUACAAAGGGAUACAAUUAAGAACCGAGGCAUCUGGAUGUGUGCCUUAACACUUUUCAAUGGGCCUUUUAGAUCUAAUAUUGGUAUGAUUUAUUCUACUUUUUUUCUAACCAUGACACACUUGUCAUUUUAAUGUAUGGUCUUUAACUAUGCACACAGUGCCACUUUACAGAAGUUGUCUAGUUUGUUUCUAAAAUUGUAUUAAUGAUUCACCAGAACGAGACGCUGACAAGCAAACAGCGGUCAGUGCCGGUGAUUAAAUUAAAUCAAGUGUGCACUAACUGAUUUGUGGCUAGACGGUGUUCGGAUGUGUCUAAUCAAAGUUUCUUUAAACCAUUGGUUGUGAACUUUUUACUUGCAUUUUAAAUCUGUAUAUUUAAUAAAAAUUGCAUUUUAAAAUGAGCAUAUUUUCUUAAAAGAUCUGUAAAUGUGGCCACAUUUGACAUGUAACUAUGUAUGUUACUGUCUGAAUGAAAUAAAGUACUUUAUUUUUAAUGGUGAA